AUGAAAGCUUUUAUGGAAUCGGAGGGCGUUUGGAAAGAGUUGAUACCCUCUGGUCUUCGGUCGCCCACAUCUGAUUUGGCGCCCAAUUCUGAGACACCGAACUCGACGGUCACUACCGAACAGUCAAAGAACUAUUUGUAUCGUAUGAAACAUCAACAGCUGCAGAGGAAUCUGACAUUUUCGGGAACCUCUAACCUAAACGACGGACAAACGACACCACUUUAUCGGACAAUCAAUGGCAUGAAAUCGACCAAAAUAUUUCCCGGAAGAAUCAAGAAGAGAGUUGUCCUCAAGAAUGGAAACGUUAAUCUAUGCAAAGAACACAUCGAUAAGCGAAGCAAACGCUAUCUCCAGGAUCUGUUCACUACAAUGGUUGACAUCCAGUGGCGAUGGAAUCUAUUGGUGUUUGCGAUGGGUUUUAUACUGAGUUGGUUGGGCUUCUCGGUGUUGUGGUGGUUGAUCUGCUUCUCCCACUCAGACUUCAAUAAUCUCGAUAACGAGUCGUGGACUCCGUGUGUGAAGAAUGUUCACUCAUUCACCAGCGCUUUCCUCUUCUCAAUCGAAACACAGCAUACAAUCGGUUAUGGAUCUCGAUAUACGACCGAAGAAUGUCCGGAAGCGAUAUUUGUGAUGUGCAUGCAGUCAGUGGUGGGAGUAAUGAUCCAGUGUUUUAUGGUUGGCUUCGUAUUCGCCAAACUCUCGCGACCGCAGAAGAGAUCACAGACACUGAUGUUUAGCCGAAAUGCAAUCGUUUGUCUUCGAGACACUAAACUAUGUCUAAUGUUCAGAAUUUGUGAUGUGAGGAAUCGGUCGCAUAUAAUCGGUGCCUCAGUUUCCGCGCAGAUUAUAAGCCGCAAAGUGACACAAGAAGGCGAAGUGAUCUCAUACUAUCACACGCACAUCGACGCCAACUUUGAUAGCAGUGACGCCAAUGUCUUCCUCAUAUGGCCCGCGACUAUAGUCCACAUCAUCGAUGAGAAGAGUCCCUUCUUUAAUAUGAGCUCAGAAGAGAUGAUGAGAGAAAAGUUUGAGAUAAUUGUCAUUCUAGAGGGAACUAUUGAGUCGACGGGACAGUCAAUUCAGGCGCGUUCAUCAUAUUUGCCAUCAGAAAUAUUAUGGGGCCAUAGGUUUGAACAAUUGGUUUCCUAUAGGCGUGAAUCGGGUGAAUAUCGUGUAGAUUACGGCCGAUUCAACAACACAUACGAAGUGGACACUCCUCUAUGCAGUGCUAAAGACUAUUACGAAUACCAGAGUUUUGUGAACAAUCAACAAAAUAAUAUCAAUCGUGGGCUUAAUAUCCUUGAAUUUGUUCCCAAGAAGAAGACCACCGCUGAAGAGCACAGACAUCACUCAAACGAUUGUACGGUUUGCAGUCUCAAUGCAAAUACUAUUAUCGGCUCAAACCUAUCCAAUCAACACAUGCCUGAAAACACUGUUUAA